CUACCGAGCAUUAAAAGUACUAUAAAUAAAUUAGACUGUCUAUUGGGGCAUUCAUUUCUUGAAAAAUACCUGAGAUAGCUUAUAAAUAGUCAUACGUUUGCUGUAUCUUCUUUUCCCAGACCCUAUGACGCUACAAGCUUCUAGAAACUACCCCCACCACCCGCUGGAAGAAAUCUAAACCACCCCUCCAUCUCUAGCGACAAGCUUCUCUUUUCCUUCUUCACCAAUUGCGCCUACAAAUCAAGACACAUUCAAAAUGCCGACCGAACUAGAAGAGCUCGUGGGCUUCAUCUCGAACCCGAAUCCUCAGAUUCGCGCCCUCGCCACCGAGAACCUCGUGCCAUACUCGCUGUCCGACCCUGCAAUCUUCAAGACCGAAGAACUCAAGCCAAUUAAGCACCUCAAGAUUCUCCUGCGCGACGACCCUAAAAUCGCCGAACAUGCUCUCACCAUGCUUAUCAACCUCACAUCGGACCCCGACGUUCUCGAAAACGUAGCGACUGACGACAAAUACAUUAACCUAUUACUCUCCUAUAUUAUCCAAACCGACGAGAAGAACGCCAACCUCGAGGCCAUGCUGCUCGCCAACCUCGCCAAGCACGACAGCAUGAGGAACAUACUUUCGCGCAAGCAGACGGCCCCCGAGGCCCUCGGAUCCGACGACCUCGUGCUCAACCAGCUCAUGGACCUCUUCGUCAAGGGCCAGGACGGCUCGUACAACAAGGACGCUGACUACGACUACCUCGCCUACGUCUUUGCCGAUCUCUCCAAGUACGACGACGUGCGCAAAUUCUUCAUCACAGAACAGGACUACAACAAGGUGAUCCCGCUCACCAAGCUCAAGGUCUUUACGGAGCACAAGUCGGAUAUCCGCCGCAAGGGCGUCGCCAGCACAAUCAAGAAUGUCGCGUUCGACAUUGACUCGCACCCGUCGUUUAUGUCGUCAGAAGGAAUCGAUAUCCUGCCGUACGUGCUGCUCCCGAUUACCGGUAACGAGGAGUACGACGUCGAUGAGACAAUGGACAUGCUGCCUGAUCUGCAGCUACUCCCGCCCGACAAGAAGCGCGAUGCCGACACGACUAUUAUCCAGACACAUGUGGAAACACUGAUGCUGCUGACAACAACACGAGAGGGACGAGACUACAUGCGCGACGUAAAGGUCUACCCGAUCAUCAGAGAGACUCACCAGCGUGUGGAAGACGCAGGCGUCAAGGAGGCUUGUGAUAGACUGGUGCAGGUCCUGAUGCGUGACGAGGAGGGCGAGGGCGAGGACACGGAGGCUCGUAUUAAGGAGCUUGUGGAGGAUGAGGAUAAUGAGAUUGUUGAGGUUUAAAGAGACAUAACUUGUCACAUGGAGUGUUGGGAGUGGGAUAUACAAAAGUUUUUUGAUAUAGCAUUUUACGGUGAAUUGGGUGUUUUUAAAUGGAAUAAAAAUGUUUCAUUAUUUACAAUCUCGUAGUCUCUGGACAUGAUGAGGGGGAAUAUAUAAAAGUAAAGGAAAGGACAGAAAGAAGAGAAGAAUUCAAAAAGGACAACAACGUUUUCCUGGUACGGUGUUUUGCAAUUUCCAACCGUACAAUGCAAAUGAAACCCGGCAUAUAAACUGGCCAAAAGAACAAACCAACACAAAAGAUCAUAUAUACCUAUCAUUACUCUUUGUAUUCAGUGUCCCGCUUAGGCACCGCCUUGCGUCUUACUCCGGCGGUCAUGUAAUCCUCUCCAACAGCCUCGUUCGCAGAUGGCGGCGAGACGGGCUGGAUAGGCGAGACAGGGAGCACCACAGGUAGUGUGGGGGAGUCGACAGGUUCACCGUCAGAAGUGAGAAUGGCAUCUGGAGGCACCGGAACAUCCGGGUGCUGCUGGUAGGCAAUGUGUCUGGCGUUUGUAAAGGGGUUGGAGGGCCCGGCGAGCGAGGCGCUGGCCAAGUUGGGAGAGUCUGUCUUGGAUGUGGCUUCUGAAAUGUGUGUUUCGCCGCCUGUCGAGUGCUGCGAGUCCUGGCGUCUGAUGCUGUCAGACUUGAACGACGGAGAAGACUGGAGGCUGGAUCGCAGGGCGGCGUUACGGGCUGCUCGGCGGUGGUAGCUCUCCAGAGGAGCCAUGCCGGUGUCGUGGAGCUCGACAGGCGUGGAUGUAUCGCCGAGUUCAACAACCUGCGUGUCGGGCAUCUCGUGGAAGUUGGAUGAUGAGACUGUCGAGGCAGACAUGUGGCGGUCCGGCGAGCCGGUCAUGGUCAUCUCGGGAACAGACGACAUGUCCGGAGUGGGAUCACACACGGACGACUCAGUUGUUUCAAACUGCUUUUGAGCAGUGGGCUCGGCAUUGGGCUGGGCGCGGAUCCAUGACAUGACGCGGACUCCCGUCUCGGUAGGGAUAGAGGCCGACGCCGUCUCGCUUCUGCCCUUGAGGACGGCCCUACGGCGCCAAAGGUACCAAGCCACGGCGGCCAAGGUAAUGACAACGAGGCCGGCAAUGACACCAACAACGGGGGCAACCCAUGAGGGAAGACCACCACUGCCAUUGUCGACUGGGUUGUUGGCAGUCCCGUUGGUGGCGGCGUGGUACGGCCAGUAUUGCUUAAUCUUCUUCAUGUUGUAUGGCUUGGAGAAGGCGUCGCCAAGAGAGCUGUCGUCCCAGCCCUUUGGUGGCUUCGUUUCCUUACUACCACCACUGCCAUCAAGAUUGCCACCGAUGUUUGCCCUGAUACUCGCGUGGACCUUGUAAGGAGCGUACUUUGCGGGAUCGUAGCCGUCCAUCCACAUACCGCUACUUAGGUUGUACAUAACCACAGGUCCAUCUUUCAAACAUGGUGAGCUUCGUCCAUGGUUGUCAGUGUUGGCGGUGUAUCCGCCAAUCACCAUCAUUUGGUCCGGGUAUGGCAUGAAGCAUUGGUGUCCUGCUCGGCCGUGAUCUGGCGACCCUGGGCUUACCUGCGUCCAGGUGAAGGUCGGGAGGGAAAGAACCCAGGUGUCAUCAUAAAAGGGAUUUGUGCUGUUGAGGGCAUCAUAUCCACCGUAGUAGAAAAUGUUGAAGCUGGAAGCGUCAGCGGCGGGUGCUACAACAGCACACCCUCGGGCUCGAGUUCCAGUAGGCCCGUUCACAGUCUUUUGCUGGUGCCAAGUACGCUCAGCAACGUUGUAAACAUCAAUAUUCUUCAUAAAAUCCGGACUAACAAGUUUCUGUCCAUAAAGUUAGAAAUGGCGUCCAAAAAGCGAGCAAAAGGUCACAGUUCUUACGCUGUUUGUUGCAUUACCAGAGCCUUCCGGGUUCGCCCACUCAGGAUCAACUGCACCACCGAGAGCGACCAAGAUACCUUGCUCACCAACGGGUACCCAAACUAAUGCAGCUUCGGAGCGACCCUUGGUUGCGGUUGGCAGGUCUGAUUUUAACCACUGCUCGCCGUAUUGUGCCUUCAUAUCGACCUCGAUCAAGAACUUCGAGGUGAUAUUGGCGGUAGAAUUGGCGUCAAGCGACGCGGUGGCUGUAAAGGCAUCGCCGUAAGGUGUAGUCAGGCCCGAAAAGUACCACGCUUUGUUCUCUGAUGGGGCGCUGGCGGCAGCUCCGUUCCUAACUAGUCGCGUUACAUUGUUGUUAAGCUUUGCGGCUCCAAAUCCAUUUCGAAAGGCGCCAACACCAUCACCGUAUUUGAAUUUGGAGUAGCGAACGCCUGUGUUAAUACUGGGUGCAUUAUAUACGCCGUCAACGACGGUGACGGCGCCUCCGUAAAGUAUGAACUCUCCAUCGUUGGCAAGCAUGCCACCGCUCUCGAAUGGUGCUGUGAAGGAGAGAUCUGAUGCAUCUUGGCUAGAUGAUUUGAGGAUGGCGUUUCUAAUCAAGAUGUCCGUAACAUUGGUGGUUUUGUUAAAGGGCGUCGACAAAUCAUACGCCAAAACGGCUCCGUCAGGGUUGACUA